AUCUUUGGGAAAGGUGCUUUCCCGUGCUUUUUACAUUGGCCGAGGAAUCAGUCGGCUUCGGACAUCCCGAUAAGGAUAAUGUCUACCAUCUCUUGGAGAUCAUCCCAGCAGCCAGUGUGAAUUGACUGUUACGAGCUUUCUCGCGUAGAAGCUUGCAGAAGUGUAUCACAGUUAGUAAAGCUCACCCUGGAAAUACAUUGCUGAACUUGCAGAAAGAGUCCUUGCGGGCGAAGAAAAAGGAGAACAAGAUUUACACGUAGUGGACGUUAAAAUAUUUAAAAUCCUGGAAAGAUGAAAGCCGCUUCGUUUCUUCUUGCUCUGGCGAUUUUCAUUCAUCUUGGUUAUGCUUAUGCCGCAACGCUUAAAGAAUCGCCUGCUCUUUUUCUGGAGGAAGUCGAUACCGGAGUAAGCACCGAGGAUGAGGACGUGGAAGCUUCUACCGAGGAUUCCUUUCAGACUAAGUGUCUCGUCGACGGCUAUACUUAUUCUCAUAGUCAGACGAUACCAGUCAGAGAUCCAAACUCACACUGCCUCUGCGUCGCUGGUGAAGUUUAUUGCUGGUGGCAGCGGUAUCAUAGCCUGAUCACGGAUUCCCCAGGUAUCCUGACUAGCAGCGAGGCUCGUGAUCUGCUGGAAUCUGUCACAGGAAGUACACAAGUACCUGAGAGCUUUGAAGCUUCCGGUGAAGCGGAAGAGAAUAUUGAAGAUCCCGCAGAACAAGUAGAGAGAAACUUGACCUCUUCGGAAUCAAUAACUAAAUCUGAAUCAGGAUCGUCCUCAUCGACGUCUUCGAAGACGUGCAGAAUGAUGGGAAGAGAGUAUCAUCAGGGUGAGAGACUUCCUCACUCAACGGGAAAUUGUGUCGAAUGCAGCUGCGGUUCGGAAGGUCGUGUUGAAUGUUCACCAAGAGAUUGCAUCGCCCUGAGGAUUCCGGAUUCAGGCGUUCCUCUUGAAAUACCUGGCGUUCCGGAUUCCCCAGACAAUUCCGACGUCGACUUUGAGGUUUUUGAUUUGACGCAGGGCCGAGGAAUCGAUGAAACUUUCUAGAAGAUCUUCAUUUAGAGCAUCCAUCGCUGGACCACUUCUCGAUCCGACACUCGAACGAAUAUCUGCCUCGCAUAUCAGACUCCCUCUGGUGUAAACACAAUGACAUCUUAUUAUUCUUAUUCAAGAGCAAGAAAGGUUUUUGUAUCGAGUCUUCUAAGAAAGUAACCAGAGGCAACGAGUCUCGUCUUUCGGGAACGUGCCUUCGUCUUAAAUGUCUUUGCGUCUCUGAACAUUACAGUUGUUCUCUCUUUUUCUUAUGUUAUAAUCAAAAUUAACAAAAUUCAAGAAAAGUGCGAAAAGGAUAAUCUCGGAGCGAUUAGCAAUUAGACACGUCUAGCUAGGUUUUCUAUGAGAACGCGCGAGAUUCUGUGAUCCUGGAGAACAGCGUUAUGCGAACGUAUCAGUUAUCAUUAUUAUUACAGAUAUGAAGAUAUGCGUUGUUAGUUUUUAAUUGAUUAACUUUAAUGACAUACAUCGACCUGGGAUUAUCUAUACCAAUCGAUAUGCACAAUACGUACGAUAUACUUACGUACAUAAAUAUAUGUAGAUAUAUUCGCGAUACUCAUAAUACGUAUUUAUAGGCCGGAGGAAGUAUUACGAUAUAUACAAUGGGUAUGUUAUGUAUCUGUAUACAGUAUUAAACAUUAUACGUACGUAGAGACAAAAAUGAGAAUGUUAAUAGAAUUUGAUGUAUAGAAGGAUUCUGUAUGGUUGAUGAAAGAGCGACGAUAGGUGAGUUCGAUUAGAAUGAAAAAUCGACCGUGAUUGAUAUUAUAGUUUCUAUAGUCGGUGCAAAUGUAGCUGAUAACAAUCCUAGGUUUCUAGAAGGAAUAAAACAAUAUCAUAGUUUUACGUGAAGAAUAGACUCGAUUGUGAUAUAUACAAUGUCGAAGAGAGUAAUUUUGUCUAAAAGUUUACAAUUUAUAGAACGAAAUUCAAUCGAUAACCGGGUUGCGCGAUGUUUGAUUUCCCUUUGCUGGCCCCGCUUUUUCUAUUCAAUAGGAAUAGGCCUAUUAUCAUCAAACUCUGAUUAAGAGAUACCAUUGUUAAUUAAUAAACCAGGACAAUUUGUAGCCUUCAGCACGAGUGUCAUCGAGAACAGCACGCGUGCAUGUGUGCGUGCGUAAUAAAAUGACUGAAUGCAAUAACGAAUAGCAAACAAAAUUGCAAGGGUUUAAUCUUUGAGAAAUGAUUUUAAAAGAAUUGUCAUUAGAUUACAUGGAAGUUUUAGCACAACACGGGACCAUCGUCGCGACUAGGACCGGAUCGUAAAUUUUGGCAUUUUCGUUGUCCUUAAAUUUAAGUCACGAUCUCGUACGUCUUCCAGUCAUUCUACAGUUGUCUCUGUAUACCUUAUACUUGUGAGAUAUCAUGUCUUUUCCAAUGGGCUGUAACAAUCGAAUAAAAUUGACAUUUACGGCUUAAA